AUGAGCAUAGCAGACACUAAUGACAUAAAUCAAAAAAUAUUUCGUUCAAUAGCAGAUGUAUUUCAACAAGCUCAAUUAUCAUAUGCAGGACAUAGAAAACACAUUGCAAUUUUAAAAAAAAUACAGGAUAAAGCUAUACAGAAUGGAUUUGAAGAAUCAUUUAAUUACUGGUUUAAUAAAUUUGUACUAAAAAUUUUGCCUUUAAAGAAAAAUGAAAUUGUUGGAGAUAGAAUUGUCAAAUUGAUUGCUGCAUUUAUUGCAUCUUUAGAUAAAGAGUUAGCUAUUUUAAAAGAGAAACAGCAUGAAACUUUUACAGAAAGAGAACAAAUUUUUAAUAGAUUUGUAGAUGGCUUCAUAAGGUAUAUAUUACGAGGUAUUGACAGUAAAGAUAAGAAUGUCAGAUAUAGGGUUUUGCAAUUAUUAGUCAUGAUUAUGGAUAAUUUGGGGGAAAUUGAUGAGGAACUUUAUAAUCUGCUUAUUUGGUCUUUAAAUAAAAGAAUAUAUGAUAAGGAAGGGCACAUUCGGACACAGGCUGUGUUUUGUCUUACAAAAUUCCAAGAUGAAACGACUAUCUCAGAAGAUCUAAACAAAGAUUUUGGAGGAGAUGAGGAAGUACCUGCAGCUAUUUCACUAAUGCAUAUAAUUCAGAAUGAUCCAUCUCCCGAUGUUAGACGCGCUGCAAUGUUAAAUUUAAUUAAAACUCCUAACACGCUUUCAUAUAUUCUAGAACGAGCAAGAGAUAUUAACUCAGUUAAUAGAAGAUUGGUUUAUUCUCGAGUGCUUAAGUCAAUGGGUUUACAAUGUUUCGAAAAAAUUGAUUUUAAAAUUUUAGAUCAAUUGAUUAAGUGGGGGCUGGAAGAUAGAGAUGAUUCCGUACGAAAUGCUUGUGAAAAACUUAUAUCGUAUCAUUGGAUUAACUUGUUUAAUGGUGAUUUGAUUGAAUUACUUGAACAUUUCAAUAUCAUAAAAUCAAUCAGUAUAUAUCCAGCUGUUAUGAGACUGCUAAAUAUAAGAGAUGAUAUUAUUAAUCGGUUAAAAUUCCCAGAAGGUAUUUGGAAAGAAUUUACUGUAGAAAUUGCGUUUCUUUUCCGAUGCUUAUUCACAGUCUGUGUGGAGAAUGAGUAUUUUGAAGUUAUUGAUGAGCAUUUUCCAGAGGCUGCUGUUUUAGCAGAAUACGUUCGAUUUUACUCAGAUAAACGAUUUCUACCUGCUCAACAAGAAAGUUCCUCCAUUCCUUUAUCUCGAGCCGACAGAAAACAUUUGGAUUUCAUUAUAGAACAGCUAUUAUUUACAGCAGAUAAAUAUGAUUUCAGUGAUGAAAUUGGUAGGCGUUCCAUGUUAUCAGUAAUUAGAAAUUUAUUGUCAUAUAAGGCUUUAUCAGAGCCCCUUAUCAGAAUUGGUCAUAAGGUCUUAAAGAAACUAUCUAUUAACGAAAAAGAUUUUGUUACUAUGGCUAUUGAAAUAAUUAAUGAUUUAAGAGACGAAGAUAUUGAAUUACAAGAGCAAGUAGAAAGAGAAAAGAAUAAACUGCAAAAAAAAAAAAAUAAGCAGAACAAAAAAAGGAAAUCUUAUAGUGAUAAUAUUGAAAAACCGUCGUCUGAAGUUAUUGAGGAGAAUGAGGAAGAGGAAGAGGAAGAGGAAGAUGAAGAUGAUUUAAAUUCAUUCCAUUCUGCUGUUGACAAUUUAGUUAAUGGCAAAGAAAAUGAUAUCGAUAAAUCCAUCAUUAAUAGUAUUGUUAAAGAAAGAGAACCCAGUGCAGAAACAAUUGUAAUAUGUUUAACAAGAUCUUCAUGUAUGUUGGAGUUGGCAAAUGAACCAUUAGAACAAAAUAUUUUGAUUAUGUCUUUGAUUGAGACAUUAAUCACACCGGCUGUUAGAAAUAGUGAACCAAAAGUUCGAGAAUUAGGUGUUAGGAAUUUGGGGUUAUGUUGUCUAUUGGAUAUUCAAUUAGCAAUUGAAAAUAUAUAUAUCUUAGGUAUGUGUGUUUCUAAAGGUGAUGAGUUGUUGAAGAAAAUUGCGCUUCAGGCUAUUGUAGAUAUUUUUUCAAUUUACGGGAAUGAAGUUGUAAAUGGAGAAGGGAAAGUAGACUCCAUUUCUUUACACAAGAUGUUCUAUAAAGUAUUGAAAAACAGUGAUCUACCAGAAUGCCAAGUUGUUGCUGCAGAAGGACUUUGUAAAUUGUUUUUAGCUGAUAUAUUUACAGAUGAUGAUUUGUUUGAAACAUUAGUACUUUCAUAUUUUUCUCCAGCCAAUACAACCAAUGAACCACUAAUACAAGUGUUUGCAUUUUCCCUUCCAGUAUAUUGUUUGUCUCAUCCCAUUCAUCAAGUGAAGAUGUCAAAAGUUGCAGCAGAUGUUCUAUUAAGGUUAUGUAUAUUGUGGGGGGAUUUACAAUCUUCGCCUGAUAGAAAUAUUAAGGGUACUGUAAUGUUGAAACCAAAUGUUAUUAUUCAACAAUUAAUACACUGGACUGAUCCAAGGAAGGUGGUUAACAGAAAAGAGGAAGAUGCAGCAAAAAGUUCAGUUCAACUUGAUUUUUUGUUAGAUCUGCUACAUAUCUUUUCGCAAAUUGAUAAAAAAGACAUAAAGAGAAUGAUCUUAACUAAUAUUAACAAUUUUUAUGUUACAUCUCAGCAGCCAAUUGAAAAAUUGAAACAAGUACAAAGUUUAAUCAAUGAUUUUUUACAGAAUGAAACUUUAGAUAAUCUUUGUAAAAAUAGUCUUACUAAAUUUAAUAGUAAUUUAAGUGCACAGGUAGAAGCGGCAAUGUUACAAUUCAAUGAAAGUAAAGAAGAAGAUAGACUUGGAUAUACAGAUCAAGAAUUAUCUCAGAUAUUGGACGAGUCUAUGACAAUAGAAAAUAAAAAUUCCAGUGAUAAAGAGAUCAAUGAUCACAUUAUGAACGAUAAUAAUGGUGCUCUUCCUGCUGAUAUGUCCAAUAUAGACAGUAAUGUUAGAAAAAGAAAUAGAACUGAAAUGGAGAAUUCAAAUAUUGAAUCAAAUGAAUCUUUGCAAACUAUUCCUUCAAAAAGUGUUAAUUUUGUAACACCUGCUAGUUCAUCUGCAUUUACUAGAACUCAAGAAGACUUGGAUGUUGAAAUGAGCGAAUAA